AUGUCAUUCAGCAAACCUGUCGCGGAUCCAAAUAUCUAUGAGCAAAUGUUCGUCGGUGCUGUCGAUCCAAAAAAUAUCCUUGAAAAGAGAUUUUGGCAAAUGCCGCAAGUCAGAUACAAUAGAAACUUGGGUCAUCAGCCUAUCUGUUAUGAAUUAGAAAAGUUUCGGUGCCCACUGGCAGACUGCCAAAAGGCUUAUGCAAAUCUGGAGACAUUCCGUCAACAUGCAGCUCGAAUUCACCCCGGCUCCAAUGGCACCGUUGCAGUUGAUAAAGAAAAGGAACAGCCCAGCAAGCGGCAGAAAGCAAAUCCUGUGGCUUUCCGUAAGAUCGAUGGCUGCCACGCAGCAUUGAAACUUGGUUCAUCCGUCCGCAACGCCAACAUGGCCAACGCAUUGGAAUGCGAUCCUGGCGCACUGGACUUAGCCUACCCUGGAAGAACCAUGCCACUGAGGCUGAUGGCACUUGCGAAUAUCGUUGACUUACACAGCGUAUGCCAAGCGUUCCCUUUCAACACACCAACAAGUUCAUUGCCUUUGCCAUGCGCCCUCCAAUUGCCGACCAGAAAGGCCUCCAUCACAUCUGCUGUCGCCGAUCCGAUAUCUGGUACCGACGUCGUUAUCAAGUCAAGUUCAGCUGACAUCGCGCCGAAAAUCAGCCGAACUGUCCGCAGAUCGUGGCUACCAAACCUGUUAGCUAAGAUGGGGCAUUACGCGGAGGUCUACGCCCGAGCUUCUGGACGCAUUGAAUUACGAUUUCCGACACCGGCCAGAACUGCUGCAGGCGGUGGCGUGCUUAUCACUGGAGCCAUUGUGCUUAUCCAAUCUCCAUACAAUGCCUUGUUUGUCGCUGGUAUCUUUGAAGAAGCCGAUGAUCAUGGAAUGGAAAAUAAGCUCAAGUUUGGACUUCACCAUCUUCGCCAAGUAACGUCAUCGUUUGAGGAUGCCAGCACACUUGCGCCCUGGCGCGCCGUGGUCCCGCAGCUGGAUACCGAAUUCACCAGGCCGACGACGAUAUUCACACUUUGCGACACACCUCAUAAUCAAGGCUAUGGUUCUUCCGCGCUGAGUGCCGAAAAGCUCGCGUCUCGUGUUCUGCAGCACUUGGCGCUUGAUAUAUUGGACGACACCACACCUGAUUUUUCCACAUCCAGAGGGGCCGAUUCAGCUGCAAUAGAAGCUCGCCAAAUUAAGGACGCCGAUGUGAUGACGGCACGAAUAAAAGGGUGCCCAAGAGUUGAGAGACCGUUGUCGUCGUUUUUGGAUUCUUUAAGUCCUCAGCAAUAUGAUCUGUCACCUCUCCCUUGUUGCGAUGCUGUAUGA